GAUGGUGGUCAUGACAAUAGAGUAAACUGUGUGAGAUGACAUCAGGACAACUGCUGCUUGUAUAGCUGUUCAGAAGAGAAACACAUCGUGGAAUGGAACGCACAGACCUGCAAAAUAAAGUGCAAGUGGAAAGGCGACAAUAGCAGUGUCACCUCUCUAUGCAUUAGUCCAGAUGGGAAAAUGCUGCUGUCAGCCGGUAGAACUAUAAAACUGUGGGACCUGGAGACCAAAGAAGUCUACAGACAUUUCACAGGCCAUGCCACAUCAGUGUCAUCGUUAAUGUUUACCACAGUGAAACCUAUAAAUGAAAAUAAGCCCUUUGAUGGAAUUACAGGACUUUAUUUCUUGUCUGGAGCUAUACAUGACCGAUUACUGAGUGUAUGGCAGAUCAGAUCAGAUCGGAAAGAAAAGAAUGCUGUCAUGUCUUUCACAGUAACAGAUGAACCAACUUUCAUUGACCUGACUGUAUCAGAAGUCAAAGAAGAGCCUGUGAAGUUAGCAGUUGUGUGCAGAGAUGGGCAGUUGCAUUUAUUUGAACAUAUCUUAAAUGGUUAUUGCAAAAAACCCUUAACAUCAAACUGUACUAUUCAGAUAGCAACACCUGGAGAUGAUGGGGACUCCACACCAAGACCAGUCCCUAUUCUAGCAGCUGCAUUUUGCACAGACAAACAGUCUCUGCUGCUUGUGUAUGGAAACACCUUACAGCCCAUCAUAGAGAAAGUGUCUUUGAACACCAGUGAAUCCCACAUAUGUUUGAUAAGGGAUGUCCAGAAAGUGUUGUCACUGAAAACAGAUGUUGCUCUAACAAAGGUAAAGACACCUGUUGUGAACUCGGACACCAAAGUUCUAGUGCCUGGCGUUCCAGGACAUAGUGCAGCUGUCAAAACUCCAUCCUCGGGAAAGGAGAAAAAGAAAAACAAAAGGAAACCAGGAGAGACAGAGGAAAGCAUUGAGCAGCGCCUAGAGGCAUUGGAUAUCGAUGUGAGCAAAGUUAAAACUCCAAGUGGCCUUCCGCAAACAGACAGCUUCGCGGUGCUUUUGGUGCAGGGCUUGGAAAGCAACGAUGCAGAAAUCUUAAAU